UAGCUCUAGCCCAGCUGCUUUACUCAAUUUUAACUUUAAUCUCCUUUCUUAGAAAUUUUUCUCAAAGGUCAAUUAGUCCAAAAUUUAUAAAAUGCCAUCUUAAUAUUCGUAAUAAUUUUUCUUCAUUUUAUUCAACUUUGUUUUUUCUCACAUGUUCCACUUUGGACAUACCCUUUCCCCAUCAACUACUCAUCAUUUACACCGUUCUUCCAUUCCUUCCCAAGGUGGUGGUGAUAGAACUUUAGCACCCCCACAACAGUCAGCACUUCCUUCUUCACUAUACAAUUUGAAUGAUGUUGCUGAACUCAGUGCGGAACGACUCAAUCUUUAUAUCGACCGCCAAGAAGCUAGUGAACGUGUUGAUGUAGAUGAACAGCAACAGACCGUCACAUUCCGGGACGAACCCAAAAACAGAAAAGAAUUAUGGAAACAACGAUUUAGAAUCGCUCUCCCCCAUUUUGGACUAAUUCUGUUAUCCGCUGCGUAUACACUUUUAGGUGCAGCAAUUUUUCAUCAUUUUGAAACGCCUAAUGAGAAACAUAUCCGUAAUGAGACUGCACAUAGAGUUCAAUUAUUAAAAGAUCGUGUUAUUGUCCAGCUAUGGACAUUAACAAAUCAAAAUGCCCCUAAUUGGAGUGACCCAGAAUUUAUACAAUGGGCUAACUUUGCGAAUAAUGGAAUGAAUGCUGUUAUUCGCGAUGUAUUUAUUGACUACACUAAAAAUUAUAUGACUCCAGACGAAAUCAUCUAUGGUUCGGGUCCAACUAAAUGGUCGUUUGGUUCAAGUAUUUUCUUCUCUUGGACAGCUAUAACAACCAUUGGUUACGGCCACAUUGUGCCUUUAACAAUACAGGGACGAAUAUCUUGCCUUCUUUACGCAUUAUUUGGAAUUCCUUUAAUAUUGGUAACAAUUGCCGAUAUGGGGCGGUUUCUCUCCAAUGGCAUUGUCUGGAUCCAUUCAACUUUACGUAUUAUACGUAGAGGUUGUUAUAGGAGGUUAAGUUGGUUUUUUCGGUUUUUCUUGUGUCGUUGCUGUAUCUACUUUUGGCGACGAAGAAUGAGAAGGAGGCGAUUGAUGCAACAGUCUAAAGCUGCAAAGGCUUUAACAAAAAACAAAUCAGCUACAGCUACAACAAUUGCUCCAAGUGAAUCAACUGUCUCCGGGUCCUCAAGACAAGGGGAAGCAUCCAGACAACAAUAUCAAUCAAACCAUAUCGGCCCGAAUUCUGGAGCAUUAGCUACAAUAGAAGAAAUGUCUCGCGAGACAGUUGGCCCUGCAACGGAUACAAACAAUAACGAGGAAUCAGCAGCUAGUGAUCGACUAAAGCCUCCAAACCUUCGAUUAGCAGCAAUGCGUCGAGCGCAGAAACGGCUAAAACCUCCCCCACCCCCUCCCCAACUAGACACAGUUUCUGAAGCCGGAACCUUCCAAGACGUAUCCGACAUCAAAACAGUUCAUGAAGAAAUAGAACAGAACAGUGAAGAAGAUACUCGAGCGAGGGCUGAUGAGCUUGAGGGUGUAGAGAGUAGUGAUGCUUUGGGUGGGGCUGAAGAGGAAGAACUUGAACCCGAUGAAGAUUAUGGCGAUGAAGAAUGCAUUGGAGGGCGAGAGCGCCGUGUUUCUGUCCUCUUCAUUCUCGUAGUUAUGCUUUGCUAUACUGCUGGGGGAGCUUGUCUUAUGCAACUAUGGGAACGUUGGUCUUUUGUUGAUGCUUUUUAUUUUUGUUUUGUUACUGUUACAACCAUUGGAUUUGGAGAUAUAGUCCCUCAAAAUGUUGAUUUCCUUCCUGCAACGCUUGCCUAUAUUGUUGUUGGUUUAAUAAUCACAACAAUGUGCAUUGAUCUAGUUGGAAGUGAAUAUAUUAAAGAUAUUCAUUUUUAUGGAAGGACACUAGGACGAUCCUUCCUAACUAUUGGUGGGAAGGUUAUUCACCUUGGAGAGGUCUUCUCAUAUGUCGCCUUUCUUCAAAAAAAUUAUGGGUUGACACCUGAUCAGCUUGACAGACUUGCGCAAUUACCAGAGGAAUAUCUACUGGAUUGUUUGCUCAAUGGACGACAGCCUGAUGUAAAUUGGAUAGGUGGAAGACCAUUCAUUCCUCCGGACAUUUACUACUUCAAAUGGAUCGAGCAACCCCGCACAUUGUCUUUCAAUUCUGAUCGUCAACUAGCUUCAAGCGAAUCAUUAGAAUUGAAUACUUCAUUAUGCUCUACAGCCAGAACAUUAACACCUCGAGAAUAUUAUCAAAGAGUUUUAAUUCAUUAUUGUCGCCAAAUGCAAGCAGAUGCUAUUGCGCGCACUGCUGGACUGGAUGCAAAUGGUGCAAUUCCCAGCGGUGCAAAACGUACUAGCAGACAAUUAUUAGAACAUCUUCAGCGUCGAUGA